GACAGAGAGAGAGGUUAACCCUUCAAGCUACCCUGGAUGUGAAGCUUGUUGCUGUCAGAAGGCUCUGGUUCUGGUUCUGGUUCUGGUCCAGGGUUCUGGUUCUGUUCCUCCCUGUGGGUGAGGCAGGGCAAACAGAGCUGCCCUCUGUCAGACAGUGAGCCCUCAGUCAACAGCAGUGAAGGGGUUAAAGGUGUGGACUUUUUCCACAGUGGGAAGUUAUCUGGAAAGUUUCCCUGAGAGCAGCCAAUCAGAGCGCAGCUCUCAGACUGCAGGCGAAGCAGAGUCUGGCUGUUUUCUCCACUGCAGGAAACUCUGAUUUUAACACCGUCGACAUGGUGACCACCGAGUCCCACCAGAACCAGGACCUGAUGGCCCCCGCAGAGAACCAGGACCUGAACCUGAACCUGGAGAUCCAGGUCCAGGACCAGGCCUCGCCCUCCUCCCCUUCAGCCGCUCUGGACCCGGAGAAGCUGAGCCAGGGUCCCGUCAACGCCAUCACGGUUCUGACCCUCCUGGACAAGCUGGUCAACAUGCUGGACGCCGUGCAGGACAAUCAGCACAAAAUGGAGGUUCACCAGGUCCAGAUGGAGGACGUGGUCCGAGGAAUCCAGGCAGACAUGACCAGACUGUCCAAGAGUCACAGCCACACCUCCAACACGGUCAGCAAGCUGCUGGACAAGAGCCGAAAGCUGUCCGUGACCAUGAAGGAGGUCCGCGAGAGGAUGGAGCGUCAAGGUGCCCAGGUGAAGAGGCUGGAGGCAAACCACGCCCACCUGGUCAGCAGGAACAACUUCAAAGUGCUCAUCUUCCAGGAGGAGAAGGAGAUCCCUACCUCCGUUUUCGUGAAGGAACCUCCUCCGUUCCCUCGGGAUGAGAUCCCAGAGGAAGGAGAGCCGUCGGCUCCUGGGGUCAGCGACGUGAAACCGGAGGGCGGCUUCCACACCAUCGACCUGUCUUCUGACGAGGACGUUGGUCUGGAGGCCGACAUGGAUGAAGACGAGCCGUGGCCUCAGGAUCUGGACAGCAUGGACACGUCCACAGCGGAUAAACUGAAGAGGUCCAGCCUGAAGAAGGUGGACUCUCUGAAGAAAGCCUUCUCCAGGCAGAACAUUGAGAAGAAGAUGACCAAGAUCGGGACAAAGAUAGUUUCUGCUGAGCAACGUGAGAAGAUCAAGCAGAGAACGGCCAGCCUGAAGGUGUCUCCUCUGACCUUUGGGAUGAGGAAGGCUCGCAGCAGCUCAGACUCUCAGCCUCCUGAUGGAGCAACCAGGGAGUCCCUCUCUGCUGAGGUGGACCUCCAGCUCUCCCCUCCAUCCUCCGCCCAGCAGGAGGUCCCCUUCACUGAGGUCCACGCCCAGCUGGCUCCUGCUGACCAUCAGGGAGGACUCCCCGAGGAGGAGGCAAAGAGGGAGGAGCAGGAGGAGGCUGUGGUGGAGAACAUGGAGGAGCUGAAGGUGGAGAAGGAGGAGGAGGUCAGGGAGGAGGUGAAGGAAGGUUUAGUGGUGGUGGAGGCAGACGUGUCGGUGGUCUCUGAGGGACUCAGUGAGGAGUACGCUCUGUCCUCCACCCUCCCUCAUGGGAGAGGAGAAGAUGAGGAGAAGAAGGAGGAUGCCUAAAGGAAAGGGGGGGUGAGGAGAAACCAAAUCCAACCUUCAGAGGUUCUUCUAGGAACCAUGAAGACAACUAAAGAUUCUUCUGCUUUUCUCCUUAAACUAGAGUUCUCCUAACGUCUCCUCAGAUAAAACCUCCAGCCUCUCAGAGAUCUGGACCACAGACCAAACAGGAAGAACUUCUUGAGGUGUUCCUUUAGGUCCAUAGGACCUCCACCACUUCAUAUCUUUGAAACCAGAACCUUCCUUUGUUUUCUGUUGAGUCUCAGGUCUGGAGGAUCAUCUGGAACCUUAUGGGAACCAAACCAGCCCCCAGGUUCCUUCAAACCUUCUUCUUUCCAUCAUCCAGCUUCAUUCCCACCAGAGAACCAUCAUCCAGGUUCCUCUCUACCAGCAGACCAUGGAUCUCCACCUCCUUCUUGAUGGUUGGACGUCCUCUGAAGGUCUCUUCUUCUAAUGUCUUUCCUGAAGGUCUUCCUCAGGUUCGUCCACCUUCACCGCAGUCCGGUUAGGUUCCUUCAGGGUGAUGCUCCUUCCUCAGAUCUCCUCGUUCCAUAAAGUUCCCGUCCAGGACCGUUCCAUUGGUCCUGAUAAUGUUGUAGAGCUUCCCUCCAGGGUUCUUCUGAUGAUCCUCAGGUUCACGCAUACUAAGAAGGGAAUACCCUGCGUGGUCUCCAAAGUUCCUCUGCAGUCCACCCAGGGUGCUCCUACAUUCCAAAGGAGUUCCUCCACAUUCCCAUUCAGGAGUUUUCCAAAAGCUUCUCCUGCUGAGGUUACUCCAAAGGUUUCUGUCUGCUCCUACCUCGGUGCCGCCACCGUUCUCCUCAUGUUCUCCUCAUGUUCUCCUCAUGUUCUCCUCAUGUUCUCCUCAUGUUCUCCUCAUGUCCAUCAGGAACCCAGAGGGAGCUCCAUCUCUCCCUGAACGUUCUGCCAUAGCCUCUGAACCUCCUUCCUAGAGGUUCUGCUCUGCACCAGUCAUGUAGACGGAAGGCCUGGAGGUUCUCCACACAGUGUGGAGAACGUUGGUGUGGAACCAACUGAAGAUGGUUCAUUUCUCUGGCCAAAGACUGUUUCUUUCUCUGCAUCGUUUCCUGUGUUACUCAAUCACCUCCUGACCAAUAAAAGCUCACCUACAGCU